CCGUCUUAUUAGUUGAUUAUUAGAUACUUAUAAAUUUUUCUACUAGAGGGAACUUUAAGUUAAUGAUAAAGUGGGGCAAAAUUGUACAAAUUGUAUAUACACACCUACCAGUUUCAUAGAUCCAUUCGUAAUAUUGUUUGCUUGAAACGUGUUGCGUGUUAUUUUUUUCUGUUAUUUAUACAUGUAUUCAGAUUUGGUGAAAAAGAUUUCAAGAUUUUUAUUUUCUGGUGUUUCAAGGACAAAAAAGUUUAAAUUUAUAUGCAAUAAAUAAAAGAAAUUUAAAAAUAAUUGAGUGUAGAAAUCAAUCUGUCAAAUCAGAGUUACGAUGGAUCAAGGAUUUCCAGCACAACAUACUACUACUACCACUGUAACGACGAGUACGACUACAACACAACCAAAUAUUCGAUUCGAUUCAUCUUAUAUAAGAACAUUGCCUGGAAUCCUUAAAAUUGUUCAAGUAGUCCUAAAUCUUUUGGGAUUCAUAUGUAUUACAGUAUCGUCUUAUUAUGUUAGCCGCGGAGAAUGGUUUAACACUGUGGCUAUGGGAGGUUUUUGGUUCACAGGAAUAUUACUUGUUUUUUAUUUGUUUCAUAUUGUAGAAAAAUUCUCGAAAAUUCCUUGGUUAAAAAUUGAAUUUUUAUUUUGUAUAAUUUGGACUGCUUUCUAUUUGCUAGCUGCUUCUCUUGCAGUUGAUUAUGCCAAAUAUGUAGAAGCUUACGGAGUAGCAGCAUUUUUUGGAUAUUGUGCUAUGGUAGUUUAUGGUUAUGAUGCCUGGCUCAAGUUUCAAGCUAUAAAAAAUGGUGCAUUAGCACAGGGACAGAACACACCAAAACAAGUGUCUACAAUGACAAGUCCUGCAUACUAACUUUAUUAUAAAAUAUGUGAUUUUUUUGAUGAACUACACAAAUAGACCAAUUUCAAAACAUAUCAUUGGUUUUAUAGAGAAGAUUUGAUAAAUUUACUUUCAAAUUUUUUUCAUUUUAAUGCUUUAAUGCAAAAGACUAAUAAAUAACAACAGGGCACAAUAAAUUUGAAAAUUUCAUUAUUUUUUAUCUAUAAAACUUAUAUAUUUGUGUAUACACAUACUAUGUAAUUUCAUGGAAAAGAAGCACAAUAUUCUAUAAUUUCAUAUCUUUGUAUCAUAUUUAUCUAUAAAACUUAUAUAUUUGUGUAUACACAUACUAUGUAAUUUCAUGGAAAAGAAGCACAAUAUUCUAUAAUUUCAUAUCUUUGUAUCAUAAAAAAUGAUAUACAAUUAUAAUAUAACGCGUAUUUUGGAAUUUUUCAUAUUAAUAAUAAUAAUAUAUUAUGUAUGUAUGUAAUUUUUAAAAUCUGUUAAUAUUAAAAUAAUAUUUUAACAGAUAGUAUAUAUAUAUAUUUGUAUACAUAUACAAGAAAUAUAUAUUUAAUCAGUAUUGUUCAUGCUAUAUGCUAAAAUCAAUUAAUAUAUUUGUACUCAUUUUGUAUUUAAUUUUUUCAUUUUAUAUAAUUUCAUUGCAUUCCUGAUUGGAAUGAUAUAUGAACAGCUAUCUUUUUUGUAAUUUAUUUGUAAUUAUUAUAUAAAGAUUAUAAUAGAAUGUAUUAUAUAACAAAUCAAAUUAAUUUUGUCAUUUUUACUUAUUAUUUAUAUAUAUUGUAUACAAAAUUAUAUAUUAUUAAAUAUAAAUUAGAUUGUUUAUAACAUUUGUAAAUUUGUUUAUGAUUACGCAGCAUGUUAAGAAUAUUUUUGUCAUUUUUAUUCGACGAGUUCAAUACAAGUAUCUAAACAUAUAUAUUAUGUACAUGAUAUAAUUAUAUACUAAAUAAAUUAUAACUAAAUAAUUAUAUACUAAUUAUAAAUUUCAGAAUAAAAAGCAUAGUAAUGAUAGUCAUGACACAAUGUAUAUUAUUAGUUUGAUAUUUAAAAAAAUAAAUUAUUUAAUAUCUUCUGCAAA